AUGAGUGCUAGUGUUGUGCGAAAAGCAACCGCGCAGACCACUGGGCGGUCCCUGCGCCCAACUCGCCGUGCUCCGCCAAUUCGUAAACCCUUGAAUCACACCCCCACCGGUCUCCCAAUACCCCACGUCAAGAUCGUCGUACGCGACUCGCACCCCAAUCGCCUCGCCAGCCACUACUAUACCACUCUCCAGGAUGACCUCCUCUACCUGACCUACAGGCACGAGUCGGGCCCGCGACCAGCACCACGCAACAUCCGCCUCACAUACGAUCCGGAGGACCCGUACACGAAGCUGCGCAACAAUCCUCCUGUGGGAGGCUCGCAAUUUGGCCGCAAGCCCGCGCCUCCGACGACAGCAGACAACGUCGUGCGCCUCGAGCGCAUCCAGCUGCACUCCAUGAUAAAAGAGGCCCUCGUCAGCCGGCAGAACCUGCUCGGGCCCAUCAUGGCCUUCCGCGCGCUCUCGGGGGAGACGGAGCGGGGUGGGGGCCAGCACGCGGUGGACGGCGUCCAGAUCGUGAGGGGUGUCAAGACGGUCGGCGGAUGGGUGCGUCCCGGGCUUCCCGUCGGCGUCAAGGUCGACCUCAAGGGCCCGAAUAUGUGGGAGUUCCUGGGCUCGCUGACCGAGUUCGUCCUCCCGCGCCUGCGCGAGUUCCACGGGAUCGUCAUGCCCCCCGCCUCGCACUCCAUGCGCACGCCCAGCGGCGUCUCCGGCGUCGUCUCGUUUGGCCUCCCACCAGAAGCCAUGGGCCUCUUCCCCCAGAUUGAAGUCAACCUCGACUCGUAUCCCAAGUCGUAUGGCAUGCACAUACACUUCAUCACCAACGCGACCGGCGAGGGCGCACAAAACAAAGCUCGGCAGCUGCUUUCUGGCUUCCAGAUUCCAUUUGCCCGGAAGUAG